AGUUGCCAUUCCUAAGCCAAAACCUUUUCACAACCCCAAAAGGCAAAAGGUCCAAUUUGCCAAUUUCCUUGUUGCCACCUUCGUCCCACUGUCACACCACUGUGAAUGCUAGUAACAAUUCUUACCUCUAGAGAUGAAGCUCUGGUUACCCAGCUGGCUCGGUCGAUCCGUGAUGCUAGAACUCUGGCACAGGGACGAUGGAUCCACAAGCUCGUCGACAAGAGUGUGCAGAGCCACAAUCGCUACCUGAGAAACCUGCUGGUGGAGAUGUAUGGCAAGUGCCGUGACUUGGAACUGGCAGUGGCGGUGUUUGAAUCCAUCCGUGAGCCCAACGUUUUCUCCUGGAACAUCCUGCUCGAGGUGUAUGCCCGAAACGGGCAUAUUGAGGAUGCUCAGGGCGUGUUUGAUCGGAUGCCACAGCGCACGGAGGUGUCGUGGACGUCGAUGAUUGCGGCCUACGCGAGGGUGGACAUGAUCCAGGAGGCGGAGUCGCUGCUGGCUCGGAUGCCAUACAAGGCGGUGAUUGCCGGGACCGUGAUCGUGGAAGCGCUCGCGAAAUCCGGGCAUUUGGAGGCGAGCCGGCGGAUGUUUGAUCGGAUGCCACAGCGGGAUGUCGUGACCUGGAACACGAUGUUGGAAGCCUACGCGCGGAGUGGAGACCUGGAUCGAGCGAGCUUACUGUUUGACGCGAUGCCGGAGAAGGAUCAGGUGUCCUGGAACAUCUUGGCGCAGGCGUAUGCCGAGGAGGGAAAUCUGGCGAUGGUGAGAGAUCUCUUCAAGAGAAUGCCGAGGAGAGAUGUGGUUUCUUGGACCGCGAUGCUCGUCGCGCACGCCAGCAGCUGGGAGAUCGACGAGGCGAUGUUCUUGUUCGAGAUUAUGCCCGGGAAGGAUGCGAUCGCCUGGAACAUCAUGAUCGCCGCCACUGCCAGAUCGGGAAAUCUCCACACUGCCAAAAACCUCUUCGACAGCGCUCCAACGCGGGACCUGGUUUCUUGGAACACGGCGAUCGAGGCCUUUGCCGAGCAUGGCCAGCUCCAAGAAGCGAAAUCCCUUUUCGACGCCAUGCCCUGCCGCGAUCUCUUCUCCUGGAACGCAAUGCUCCAAGCGUACCUUCGAUCAGACCGGCUGGAGGAGGGAAUGCGCUUCUUCGAUCGGAUCCCGGAGCUGGACGUCGUGGCGUGGAACAGCGCGAUGCAAGCGCACGCCGAGCGAGGCCUGGUGGACGAAACCCUGCGAUUGUUCCACGCAAUGCCGGCGUGGAGCGUCGUCUCCUGGACGAUCCUCGUCUCGGCGCUAGGGCGCGGCGGGCAUUUAAAAGAUGCCAGGGAAGUAUUUGACGGGGCCAGGGAUCGAAACGUGGUCACCUGGAACGCCAUGCUUGCGUGCUAUGGCGGGAAAAGGGGCAAUUUAGACAGAGCGCGCGAAAUAUUCGAUUCCAUGGGCGAGAGAAAUGGAAUGUCGUGGGCUUUGAUGAUAGAAGCGUGUCUUAUAAACAAUAGCGUGGAGGAAGCGCAAACUCUUCUCAAAACCUCGCCAUCAGAGAAACCACUGGCCUGGAACUUUGUUCUUGCAGCAAAUGCCCAAAAUGGGCAGCUUGAGGAGACUUUACAGACAUUCCACGCGAUCCCUGUCAAGGACGUAGUAUCCUGGACCGCCAUAGGUGCAGCAUUUUCGCAGUUUGGGCAUCUUGAUCGAUCACGCAAGAUCUUUGAGACAAUGCCGGAGAGGAACACUGUUUCCUGGAACGCAAUGCUUCAUGGCUAUGCCAAGAACGCCCAUGCUGUAGAGACCUUGGAUCUUUACAAGAGGAUGGCGUGUGAAGGAGUUGAACCCGAUGCCACCACUCUCAUCGCCACCUUGAUCGCCUGUAACCACAUUGGCUUGCUCGCUCUGGCAAUCCACCACUUCUCCUCCAUGAGCUUCGAUCACUCCAUUGCUGAGACAAUUGAUCACUACUGCUGUAUGAUCGACAUCCUUGGCCGGGCCGGCAAGAUACUAGAGGCCCAAGAGCUGCUCCACACGAUGCCAUUCCAAGCCAACCACGUUGCAUACACUGCUCUUUUAAAUUCCUCCAGAAAUGCUCCUCUAGCUUCUUCAGUGAGGUCGUUCCCUGUGGAUACCAUGUAUGUUCUACUGUCCAACUUAGCAGCUCAAAAUGCUACUUUUCACAAUUAACUAUUGAUAAUAGGACAAUUAUUGUUAUUUACCCAUUCAGAAUAUCUUGAAGGAAUGCCUUCUCUGAAGGCUUCCUUAUUUCUGGCCUAUAAGGACCCUUAAUUUUGCUUGUAAAAAGAGGUUGGACAGCUUAGUUCUGUUUCUGGUUAUAGGUAGGUUCUGGCCUGGUUUGAAAAAAAUAACUUCUCUCAAUAGCCAGAAUAGCCGUGAAGCAUAGCGUUCCAGGAAACAGUGUUCCUCCUAAAUACUGCAGCUAUGGGCUCUCCUUGACAGGAAGAUUUGUGAAAUCUCCUCAAGUUGCAGGCUAAUGGUUCUCAGGUUCUGAGAGACGUUUUAUGCCUCCUCCAAAAGCUUAUGACAAUCGAAUUUUCAUGCGUUCUUUCCAUGUAGUUUUGUUUCUUUGACGCCCUGUAGCUUCAUCUCAUAUUCAACUCUGGUACUUUCUUGACUGGGCUACCAAGAACACCGAGUACACGAAAAUCAGGAUAAGCCCACAAAAUAAGACGGAGAAACCUUAUAGUCAUCGCUCACCUUUGGUCGAUGCGCUUUCCGUGUACGGCAAGCUAAACCCGGAGCGCAAAUAUACAAACACGUCACUAGAGAAGCACAGGCCAGCAGAAAAUCCAGCUGAGUAUAAAAUCCCCGCGAAAGCAGGCAUUCAAGCAUCGUCGUCGUCCACAAUGAGGUCUCACCUAUUUUCGCUCUGCUUACUGCUCGCAGCUCUGCUGGUGAUGCUGGGAAAAACAGAAGCUCAAAUUUGCACGCAGGAAUGCCUUCUCAACUCUACCAUUCUAUGCGGCGAUGUAGUAUCCCUGGAACCCUGUCAGAAUUGCUGCACCAUCAGGCGGUACAAUGGUGGUGGAUGCGCUCUAAUUCGUAAUGGAGAAAUCAUCUGCGUGGGGGACAAUUAUUCACCUCCUUUUGGAACAACCCCGCCUAGACCUUGAACGGUGCAACAAGAUGUUUUAUAAGAUUACAUAAAUAAAGAGAAUGCUCAAAGUUUCCACACUGCCGAGUGGACUUUGAGGAGGUUGGUCUUACUACGUA